UCUGCGCAGGCGCAGUGUCCCCGGGCCAAGAUGGCUGCGCGGUGUUCCCCACGCUGGUUGCUAGUGGCGGUGGGGACCCCCCGCCUGCCGGCCGCAGCGGGGAGAGGGGCCCAGCAGCCCCAGGGGGGCGUAGUGACAACAUUGACAACAUCGGUGGGUCGCAAGCUGAGCGUCUCUGCCUUCGGGCUUUCCGUGGGCGCUCACGGCCCCCGGGCGCUGCUGACAUUGAGACCGGGUGUCCGCCUCACAGGAACAAAAAGUCUCCCUUUUGCUUGUACUGCCUCCUUCCACACAAGUGCUUCCUUAGCCAAAGAUGAUUAUUAUCAGAUAUUAGGAGUGCCCCGAAAUGCCAGCCAGAAAGAUAUCAAGAAAGCCUAUUAUCAGCUUGCCAAGAAAUACCACCCGGACACAAAUAAGGAUGAUCCCAAAGCCAAGGAGAAGUUUUCCCAACUGGCAGAAGCAUACGAGGUGUUGAGUGAUGAAGUGAAGAGGAAGCAGUAUGAUGCUUACGGCUCUGCUGGCUUUGAUCCUGGAGCCAGCAGCUCUGGGCAGAGCUACUGGAGAGGAGGUCCCUCUGUUGACCCUGAGGAGCUGUUCAGGAAGAUCUUUGGGGAGUUCUCAUCAUCGCCUUUUGGAGAUUUCCAGACUGUGUUUGAUCAGCCUCAGGAAUACAUCAUGGAGUUGACAUUCAAUCAAGCCGCCAAGGGUGUCAACAAGGAGUUCACCGUGAACCUCAUGGACACCUGUGAGCGUUGUGACGGCAAGGGGAACGAGCCCGGAACCAAAGUGCAGCAUUGCCACUACUGCAGUGGCUCCGGCAUGGAAACUGUCAAUACAGGUCCUUUUGUGAUGCGGUCCACAUGUCGGAGAUGUGGUGGCCGGGGCUCCAUCGUCACAACUCCUUGUGUGGUCUGCAGAGGAGCAGGACAAGCCAAGCAGAAGAAGCGAGUGACAAUCCCUGUGCCUGCAGGAGUUGAAGAUGGUCAGACUGUAAGGAUGCCUGUGGGAAAACGAGAAAUUUUUGUCACAUUCAGGGUACAGAAAAGCCCUGUGUUCCGGAGGGACGGCGCAGACAUCCACUCCGACCUCUUUAUUUCAAUAGCUCAAGCUAUUCUUGGGGGUACAGCCAAAGCCCAGGGCUUAUAUGAGACAAUCAAUGUGACGAUCCCUUCUGGGAUUCAGACAGACCAGAGGAUUCGCUUGUCUGGAAAAGGCAUCCCCCGGAUUAAUAGCUAUGGCUAUGGCGACCACUACAUUCAUAUCAAGAUCAGAGUUCCAAAGAGGCUAACCAGUAGGCAGCAGAACCUGAUCCUGAGCUAUGCCGAGGAUGAGACUGAUGUGGAGGGGACGGUGAAUGGUGUCACCCACACAAGCACUGGAAAACGAUCAGCUGGAAACUAGAUGAGGAGCAGCAGCCCCUCUCCAUGGCCAGGGCAUCUGACACAGGAGGACCCCAAAAUAGCAGCAUGGAGCCCUGUCUACACAGCCCUCUGAACCACUCAGCAACAGCAAAACUAUGUGAGGACACCUCUCUACGUAGAAGGUCAUGGUGACAGCCCCUAGGCAGUGAUGUGUGGCCUUCGGGCUGGUGAGAUAGCCUGUCCACUGGUAGGUGACAUGCUUCUGGUUUAGGCAGGGUACAAUACUUGGACUCUUCUUGCAGCACUAAAAAUAAUCUGGAAUCGCAUGUAAUAGAGAGCUUAAAAAAAUUAAAGGCCGUGCUUACAGCUUAAAAUGAAGCCUUAAGCUGCACAGCAUUGUGAAGUGAUUAAUUCCCUCUCAACAAACCUCGUGGAGGUUCUGAAAUAUGUCCUUCCUAACAGGUAGUCUUCUUAGGCCCCAGGGGCGGCACACCCCACCAGUGCCGUCCUCCCUGACAGGCUCUGCUGAGGGCCUGUCACACCCCUUAGAGUUGGUUUGCUUUUGUUUUAUUGAAGGUACCAAGCAGCUGGAGAGUGGGUACUAGGGCCCUAGGAGGCAGAGUUGUGCAACAGUCCCUCUAUCCACUUCACCUCAGAUGGCAGCUUGCCUGACGCUGAUUAGAUUGUUCUAGAUUAAUGUGGGGGGGUGUUUCCUGCCCUGUCGGACCAAAGUUACCAUGGUCAUGUGGGACAGCCUUGAGCCUCUGGAGACCCCGACCUUUGCCAGCCAGGGCUUGGUUCUCCCCUCUUCCACUGCUGACAUUUGAUUUCCACGGUGUAUUUAAAUUACUCAAUGGUAAGAAUCAUUGUCUUUUCCUGUGUAAAUGUUGAGGGGAAGCACACUGUGCAGAGCAGCCUCACUUCCAGCCUCUGCUGGUAGCAUGUUGCAGUUUCCGUGUGUUCCAAGGUCUUGGAGCUAGUGUAAGACAGGCUAAUAAAGAACACUUUCUCUGUA